AUGGCGUUCGCUUGGGCGGUCCUACCUUUGCUUCUUCCCGCACUAGCAUUUGAUAUUGCAAGGCCGGAUUGCACUACCAGUACCACGAGCUUGACUAGCCUGGAUGGCGGCAUCGGAGCAACUUCAAGCUCACUGACUACGACGAUGACGACUUCCACAAUCACUUCCAUGAGCACGACCUUGACACCUACUUCCACGACGUUGUCUACCAGCACCACCAGCUCAGCCGCAGUAUCGCCAACGAGCGACUGCAUGGCCUCAGCAAUCUACCAAUCCGACGAGUACUGCGGCUGCUCUUACUUCAUGGAGUGCGGGUUCCGCCCGACUUACUCGGAGGGCACCAUCUUGGUCGGCAUCUCUGGGCUGGACGGCGUCACCCAGAACCACGCCGAGUACUGCGCAGACCAGUGCGACGUCGACUACCUGUGCCUGAGCGUCCUCAUUGACAUCCAAGGACAGAGAUGCUAUCUGUACAACGAGCUUCCCGAGGACGGAAUCGCUGAUGUCAACUAUGAUACGGUGCAGAGAGCGAACCUCGGGCCUGAUUCCUGCGUCAAUGACUCCACCGGCGUCUGUCUAGCCAACGAGCCCCUUGGCCGUGGUCGGAGACGAUAG